AUGAGCCUUGGCAACCAAGGCAAGUCGGUGUUCGUGCUCACCGGCGCUGGCGUCUCGACUGGCGCCGGCAUUCCCGAUUUUCGGUCGGCCGGGGGUCUCUAUGAUACCGUGCGCCCUGACCUCAUCACAGCGAGCUUUCUGCAGCGCCAGAAGAUGCGAAUGGAUCCCACUUACGUGGUUGAGAGGGACAUGUUCUUCCAAAAUGCCUUCCCCUACCUGGAGGUCAGGCGGCCCUUCAUCCUCGGCACCCACCAGCAGCAGUGGAAGGCAACCAUUUCCCACUGGUUCAUGAAGUUUCUGGAAGAGGAGGGCAAGCUGAAACGCCUUUUUACCCAGAACAUUGACGGCUUGGAUUACCAGACUGGCAUCUCGCCGGGACGGGUCACGAACGUCCACGGCAGCAUCGCGCGCGUGUCCUGCGAAGGCUGUGGACAGGAGAUGCCGUUCGACGAUUUCUGCACCCAAGUCCGUGCCAACAUAAAGGACAUCUACAAAGUGGAUCCUGAGGCUCCAGAGGAGUCCACCAACAUCCCCUGUCCCUCCUGCAAGCGGCCCCUCGUGAAGCCCAACACCAUCCUCUUCGGAAGCUGCCUCCCAGAAGAGUUCUUCGAGCGAACUCCUGAGUUAGGCCAAGCUGAUCUUCUCCUCGUGGCAGGCACCUCGCUGGUGGUUUCACCGGCCAACUCGGUCGUCAACGAGGUGCCGAGCAGCUGCAUGCGGGUGAUCGUCAACCGUGAGCAGGUGGGCCGUGACUUGGGCAUCGACUAUGGGAUCUCCGCCGCACGAGAUAUCUGGUCUGGCGAGAGAACUUGCGAUGAGACUUUUCUGGAGCUGAUCAAGCUUAUGGGGUGGCAGGAUCGGCUCCGGAGGAUCCGGCACCUGCUGCCGGAGAGCAACCGGGAGAUGAUCCAGGACCUGUGA